GCCCUCGAACAACCAUGUCUGCACUCUAUACACGAUCAUGCCCACGAAGGUAGAACCUGUCAACGCCAACAGUUCGUCUGUUCUGUCCAUCCUUUGCGCGGCUCCGAACUCCCCACUUUGAUGAUCAUAACGAGUCAAAUGUGUUCAUGCCCACAUAAAGCCCCGCUCCCGAAGCAGAACCGGGCCCAACAAUGCCCACUACCAGCACAAAAAGGUCAGAAGGGCCCCAGAAAUGUGUUCUGAGCGCUGAAUCUUCCGACAGCCACGCCCCGUCCUCCUCGUUUGGAAAGACCCUGCAAUACAUCACCUCUCUCAAGCUCGAGGAGCUCGAGAAGCAGCGCCUCGCGUAUGCGUCUCACUUGUCCAUCCUCGGCCGGGCUUCCGAUUGUGGGGACGACCUGGUCCGCCGUGUCGAACUCCUCCUGGAAGGGGUGAGAUCGUGGCAUGGCUCAGGCGCCGUCGACCGGCAGUCCAUGAUAUCAGGGAAGCUGGACUUGGCGAAUCUGGACCUCUGGCUGCUCCAGGCUCGCCAGGAUCCCGGCUUCAGCGCAGACAUCGUCCGGGAGUGGGCCGACACGCUUGAAACCCACAUCCGUCACAACGCCACCCGGUUCGAGUUCGCGAAGCUGUUUGGUGGCCUGUUCAAUGAGUGGAUGGACAGCGGGGAUUCUUCGAUCCCCACGGAUCUGGGGGAGUCUGUCGAGGACUUCGUCCGCGUGGGGAGAAAGGAAAUGGGCGAACAACAAGACCGGCUCCAGUCCAUCAUCUUCGAGAGCAAGUCUGUGGACACGGACGCGAUUACUGCAUACCUCGGCACUCUUUUCGAAGGGGAUGAUGCCCCGGAGGUGCUAGCAGCCAUGCGGAGAUCUCUGGCCGAGUUCGAGACCGACCUCCAGCGCCAGACUAUCACCUCGAUCGACUUGCGCUGGAUGAUUCAGUCCCUCUUGGGCGACAAUCUCAUGACCGAAGACAAGCGAAACACCUUGCAAGAGUUCGCUCGGAAUCCGACUGUGCUGGAUGAGCUGGCCACGGUUCUCACAAUGCGCUUGGCGGACCUUGAGAGCUGGAAGUGGGGAUCUGGCGUGCCGUUGGAAAUGCGGCGUGCCCUGAAUGGGAAGUACCGGGGGUACACCGAUCCAGACAUACUCGACGCGCUUCUCCUUCAAUAUAUUGGACUGAAAUGGCAGGUCAAGUUCAAGGCCGAAUGCACCAAGGUCUUCGACACCGAGGCCGCUUGGACGCAGGCUUUCCCGGGCUUCGCACGCGGAGAAACCUACAAGCUGAGGACGUUUUUCGAAGAAACGACGACGAGCAGCAUCAAGGAACACCGCAAGUUGCUUCAAAAGCAACACUUUUUGGUCGGGCAGUUGUCCACGACUGUCGAUAGUGGCGGGGGAUCGUACGACGGGGAGGGCGACAACAGGCAGACCCCUACUGCACACGUGAAACAAGAGCUGCUACAUCUGGUCGCCACAGAAUGUUAUCUGAACUCCACCCUGCACAAAACUCACACGGUGGUCUGCUCGGACUUUGAAUGGUUCGGCCCAUCGCUUUCGUUCGAUACCAUUGUCACCUGCCUUGCUUUCUUCGGGGUCUCUCCAAAGUGGAUCGCGUUUUUCCGCCGGUUCCUGGAGGUGCCUUUGACGUUUGCAAACGAUGCGCCAGGCUCCCCUCCCCGGAUCCGCAAAUGCGGCACCCCGAUUUCAUACGCGCUGAGCACCUUUUUCGGCGAGUCGGUCCUGUUCUGUCUGGAUCUGGGCAUCAACCGCCGCACCGAUGGUCUGUUCCUCUACCGCAUCCACGAUGAUAUCUGGUUCUGGGAUUCGGAUUCGAGCAAAUGUGCAGCUGCAUGGGCAGAGUUGAUCAAGUUUGCGGAUCUCACCGGCCUGAAAAUCAACCAGGAAAAGACAGGCUCAGUCUCGAUAGGGGGUUCUCCCUCACCAGGGAUACCCACUGGGCCCGUCCGCUGGGGUUUCUUGAAGCUCGACGCCGAGAAACAGCGGUUUGUCAUCGACCAAGCCGAGGUCGACCUCCACAUCGCCGAACUGCGCCGUCAGCUGGCUUCUCGCAAGUCCAUCUUUGGCUGGAUCAACGCGUACAACAAAUACAUGGCCUUCUUUUCGCGCAACUUCGGUGCCCGUCCCACCGUGUCGUUUGGGCCUGCGCUCUGUCUGGGUCAGGCCCACGUCGACGACAUGCUCGGCACGCUGGCCCGCGUCCAGCGAGAACUGUUCCCCGAGGAGAACGGCGCUGUCGGGCAUCUCCGCACCAUGAUCAAAGACCGUUUUGGUGUCGACGGGCUCCCGGACGGGUAUUUCUACUUCCCCAUCGCCAGCGGAGGGAUGGAGCUGCGCAAUGCGCUCAUCGAGCUGCUAGCUGUGCGAGCCAACUUCCCGGAGGAUCCCGCCGGUGGAUUCACCGAACAAAUCGAAAAAGGCGAUCUCGAAAACUAUCUGAGCGCGAAGGAACGCUGGUCGCGCAGUCUCCUCGCACCACAGACGGAAGAGUUCCCCUCGUUCGAGAGCUUCGUCUCCUAUCGCGAGACUGCGUCCCGGUUCUGGAGAGAACGCUAUGUCCGCUUGCUCGGCCACACCCAGCCGACGUGGCUGCGUCUGCCCGACCACCUGCAGCGAUCGAAGUGGCAGCCGCGUGAUUUCUACGACCGAUGGGUUUUGGCUCUAUACGGGGACCAGGUUAUCCAAAAGUUCGGUACACUGGAAGCGGUGGACCCGAAUCUCAUUCCUGUUGGAAUGGUUCAUUUGUUCAGGGGUAGCAGACACCAGUGGGAUCAGUAGUUGCACGCGCAUAUGAUGUGAUGGGAAUAUUGGCCCGCCGUACCCAUGUAAUAUAGCCGCGGGACUGUAAUCCCCGCCGUAGUCACGACUCACGAGUCACCAGGAGAAACGCGAGCUGUGGGCUCAAACGUUGAACCCUCAUUACUGAUGAAUCAGUACACCAUGUACAUCUCAUCGUUCGGAAUAUACAGGGUGCGCCAUGUCUGAUGGAAAAUACCUGCUACUACACGUCACUACCUGCCGACUUGUGCCGCGGUGGUUGUGCGGCCAGUCGUGUCAGGUGACUAACACGUGAUCGCGUUGCUGCAACUGAUGUGUCUG